AAUAGUCGUGACCAAAAAUGCGCCAGCUGUUACUGCUGCUGGCCUGUGCGAUAGGGGGUGUGCUGUGUAUGACCAUCGAUCAUCACAGGUACUACUAUUCCCGGCAGCCCUCACUGUUCCGAUUGUUGCGAAAGUAUCACCUAUGGCCCAGGAAUGAGUCGUUGGAAUAUCAGCGACCGGCGCCGGACUUAAGCGUGCCAACACCGUUCAUUUACGGAGGCGAGAGUGUAUCGAUAGAAAGCUUCCCGUACCAGCUAUCGUUGCGCCUCGAGGGAACGCACAUUUGCGGUGCUUCGGUGAUCGCCGAACGAUGGGCACUCAGUGCGGCCCACUGUCUGGAUGAGGCAAUGUACGCUACUGCUAUAACGUUUCGUGGUGGAACUCCUCAUCGGUUGGCCGGUGGAUACAUCUUUCAUGCCGAUCAAUACUUGCUACAUCCAAAGUUUAACCGAGCCAUACUGGACUACGACGUGUCCGUGACGCAUGUGAAGGAAAGUUUCCUGAUCGAUCCGAUACGCCCGGUCAGCUUGGGCAACACGUUUACAGUGUAUCCGAUACCUUCGAUUGCGGUUGUGUCCGGUUGGGGAACGGCCGAUGCGGACGGAUACACCCCACUGAUACUGCAAUCGCUGAACGUGUACAUGCAACAGCCACAGUACUGUUGGACCUCGUGGAUAGAAAAUUUCACCGACCGCAUGAUAUGUGCCAGCGGUGGAGACUAUGGGAAGGAAAUCUGCAACGGUGACAGUGGCGGACCGCUCGUAUUGAACGGAGUCCAGAUAGGCAUAGUGUCGUUCGGGUCCGAAAUCUGCGCACUAAACAUACCGGGUGUUUACACCUCUAUCCAGCACGAUGAGGUGCGCGCGUUUAUUAAGGUGCACACGAACGUGUAA